CUGCCCCGAGAACCACCUUCUCCAGGUACACUUAAGGAACGCAUGCCCAUAGCCAUACCAUCAUCCCCACAGGGGAACAAAGGAAGCCAACCCUAUAUCUCCUUGGGGGGGAACAACCCAAGAAGGAAAUUAAGGGCGCCCUUUCCCCAUAGCACUCUUACAUAUGGACUCCUCAGGAGAACUAAGGGAUCCCACCCUCAUCUGGACACCACCCAAGGGAGCUGUGCCCCCACAUAGCCCUUAGAGAUGGACCCUGUGGUUGAGGAACCCAACCAAACUCCCAUCCCCAGCCUGGUAGCCCCUGGGUUUACUUUUCCUCUGAGGCUGCAUUUUAUUUUCUCUUCUUUUUAAAUUCUCAUCCUAAUUAAUUUUUGAUCUUAAAAAAAAAAAAAAUCUUUCCCCAAACUGAUUGCUGCUUAAAGGUGCUGUUACAGGUGGUGGUGGUGAGUCACAUAGUUGGUGCUACUCUUCCAUCUGGGUCAAUGCUGAGCUCAGGCCUCAGUUCACCAUUGGGGGGCACUAAACUGUUAGAAGUGCCUCCUUUCACUUCACAGAAUCGUAUAUUUAUGUGUGUUCAUUUGUAUGGUUGCGUCUUAUAUUUUUAUGUGCCAGGGUUAGGGAAAGGAUUGUUACUUUAAGCAGCAGUGUCCCCACUGGAAUGUUACUAGCACUAGAAUGUUGCUAUGGGAGCUCACCUAGAACCAAACCAAGGUUUGCUGGGGUUGGGAUUCCAUGGUGGCAAGUCUUGUGCCAUCUGAGGGAUACCUUGAAAACAAUGGCUAUGUAAUAAUGAUGUUGAGAGAGUCACUGUCAAGAAGCCAACAUGUAGAUAUUAAAGAUGUUAACAGUGCUAUAUGAGAAUAUUUAUGUCUUGUCCUAAUUCUCAUUUUGCAUUGAUUUUACACCUGUGUCAUGUCUUCUCUUUCCUUCUGUAAAUCUGCAAGUGUUGUCUAUUCUUUAGGCCUAUUCCUGUGUCAAGUGCAGUCAGUGUCAAAAAUCUCAUUUACUUCAAUAGUGCAAGUAAAGCGUGUAUAUUGUAUGUGUUUGCAGUUUGCUUUUAAGUACUAAUUUAAGUGUAUACUACAAUGUUCAUUCAGAGAUCUGGUUGGUAUUCUCACAUUCAGGUUUGAUGAAUAAACCAGAAUGUGUGUUUAUACAUUCAUAAUCUAAUCAAUCUAUUUUGGAUAUUUCUGAUGCUCCUUUCUUCAUAGUAUCAAUGUCGGCUACUGACUGUAGAGAAAAUCUGUCAUUCAAGAGCACAUGAAAUGAGAGCAGGAGAUGGAGAAACAAACAGUUGAGAAUAGCCAAGAAAUAUUUCUCAGUGGCAGAAAAUUGAGGAGAAAACAUUUGUCCCAGUCAAACCAUUGGAUUAGCUGAGGGUUUGUUCCGGGACAAUCUGUUUGACAUUCACAUUGUGUUAUUCCUACAUUCUCUCCUGGUGAUGAGACAUCGGUUCCUGCUUACACACCCAUUCCCAGCAUAUCCCCUUUGAACACAGACAGCAGCUGCCUAUUAUGAAAUGCUAAUCAACAUCAAUGACGUUGUUUGUAUGUGAUGGUAUAAAAGUGUAGCUAAAAUUAAUCAAGAUGGAUUUUAGACUACACGUGCCCAUUUUUUAAUGCUAUCCAUUUCUGAUUUGGUAGCAAGAUGGAGGCCAGAUAUUGUGAGGCUGUACUAGAGUCGCUUUCCUUUCUCCAAAAGUAUUUUCCUUGUUUAAUUUUUCCUGUUCUCUCAGAUAUCACAUUGGCAGGACUGUGUAUCAAGGUGGAUCCUUCAGUUCCUUUUUGUAAAGUGGGCCUAUUUCUUUUUUUUAAUCCAAAGGGUGUAACUGAUUUUUUUGGUCAGGAAAAGGUUUCACAUUAUCUACCUUUGCCUAUUUAUUGAUCUGAAAAAGGCUUUUGGGAACAAGCCAGUGUAAGCCUAUGAAGGAGAAUGAGGAUGUGUAACUUCAGCCUCACCAGAGGAGUGAGUCAGGUGGGUGUGUAUUGUGACACAAAAGGGUCCACAUGGCUAGCAACAAGUAAUCAAGAGUCAGAGGUGGGAGGAUAUGGAGAAAUGGAGAGAGGAGAAAGGGACCAGAAAAAAGCAGAACAGGAGGGAAGAGUCCGAGUGGACAUUAUGGAGAUGAAUGGAGGAACUCAGGAGAGGUGUAUGGAGCAAGAAGUGGGAGCUUGGGAGGAGGUCAUGCAGCAGGCUGGGGGAACCCGAGGGCAGAUCAUGGAGCUGGAUGGAAGACUCCAGGAGGAAAUCACAGAGCAGGCUAUGGGAGCUCAAGGGAAGAUCAUGGAGCUGGAUGGAAGAGCCUGGGUGGAAGUCACAGAACAGGCUGGGGGAACCCGAAGGAAGAUCAUGGAGUUGGGUGGAAGAGCCCAGGCAGAGGUCAUGGAGCAGGCUGGGGGAACCCGGAGGAAGAUCAUGGAGUUGGGUGGAAGAGCCCAGGCAGAGGUCAUGGAGCAGGCUGGGGGAACCCGAGGGAAGAUCAUGGAGUUGGGUGGAAGAGCCCAGAAAGUGGUCACAGAGCAGACUGUGGGGGCCCAAGGGAAGAUCAUGGAGUUGGAUGAAAGAGCCUGGGUGGAGGUCAUGAAGCAGGCUGGAGGAGACAAAGGGAAGAUGAUGGAGCUGGAUGGAGGAGCCCAGGUGGAAGUCACAGAGCUGGAUGGAGGAGCCCAGGCAGAGGUCACGGAGCAGGCUUGGGAAGGCCAGGAAGUGGGCAUGAAGCUGGUGAAGGACCUUUUGGCAGUGGUUGCCACUUCUGCUCUUCCCCAAGAUGAGAAGACGGAUUUGGAGUUUGUGACCCUGCAGUUUAUGAUGGGGGGUAAUGUACACCUGGUCGGGGAAUUGCAGAGCCAACACACAGUGGAAGAGUUCCAACAGGAAGUGUUUGCUAGGUUCCCCAUACCAGCAUUCCGUGUGACUAGCACAGUGGCCUGUAAUCAAGCGACCAGCCGCAGGGCUGAGAGAGGCCUCUCACUCCAUGAACGUGGCUGCUCCGGGCAACAGGACAGAAUCUACUCACAGCUUAUCUUUUUCCUGUGCAGUGCCUCCUCCUUGAGACGCUGGAUGGGGCUAGACCGAUUGCUGGAGAUGCUACAACAGCUGAAACGCUGUAUCAACUGUAUUCCAGUGGCCCUGGUUGGAGUGAUUGUGCAAGCAGACCCAGAGCUGGAUCUGGAGCAGGAGGUGAAGGCACUGCGGUGGCUGAAGUGCCUGUUGGAUGGAGUCUUCUGUUGUGAUUUGUUGCCAGGCCAUGAGGGGACAGAGCAAGAGGUGCAGGUUCAGGUGGCUGUCUACCAGUCUGGCUGGCCUCAGCGGGCUCUAGAGGUUAAGAGAGCAGCCUGCCAGGCAAUACGAGCGGCCCUGAAGUUCUGAACGGGCAACAUGUGAGGUGCAUCAGGAUUACAAUGGCUCCUGUAUUACAACUGAAGAUCUCAAUUGUCAAUGGAAAAUCAAUUCCGAUUUUGUCCCAGUUAUCUGUGUGCUUCUUUUAAUUUUGAAAAUAGUUAUUGCUUAAUAUUUGUUGCAAAACAAAACCACUUUAGAUAUCUGCAUUGUGACAUCACAAAUAUCUAAGAGCCACAGUGUGCUAUAGCAAUAUACGGAGAGCUGGAUGGCUCAAUGUACAGAUAAUGGCUAUAGAAUGUUAUGUUUUGAAUUAUAGCUACUAAGCCGUGACAUUCGGAAGAUUUCCAAGUACCAUAGCUUUCUCCUGGCCUGUAAAUUGUGGAAUGAGCCCAGUUUGCAAUAUUUAUGUCUUAGAUGAGUGUUUUUCACCACAGCACUAUCCCUAUAUUUGUUGGACUUGCCUUUGCAACUGAAAUGGAUUGUAGGCUCAUAUGAUCAUUUUCACUGCUUUAGGAUACAGUCCCCAUGUUUCAAGAAAGCUUUAUUCCAUUCUUGUCUGCUUAAUUUUUAUACACAGAAAUUUCCUGAGAUGAUGAAAAUACCAAGAGCAUAAAUGAAUGGAAUAUUUUCUUUUUUGGUUCAAUUUUUAUUGGGAAUCCUCUAUUAAGAGCAGCCAGACUGGUCAGACCAAUGGUCCAUCUAGCCUAGUAUCCUGUCUUUCAACAAGCUGCUUCAUAGGGAAUUAAAAGAGGAGGGCAAUUAUCGAGUAAUCCAUCCCGUCAUUCACUCCCAGCUUCAGGCAGUUAGAGGCUAGGGCUGCCCAGAGCAUAGGGUUGCAUCCCUGUCCAUCUUGGCUAAUAGCCAUUGAUGGACCUCUCUAUCCAUCCUCUGUAUUACACUGGGACUUACCAUUAUAGGUCUCUAUUGAGGGUUAGAGAACAUAUUAGAUGGUACUGUUUAACUACUCCACAGAGUUUACAGGUUCUUGACUAAAUUAUGAGUGCCUGAGUAAUCAUUUAAUUUAUGCACCCCUGAUUUGGGCUGGAUUCAGCUGCCAUUGAAAUCAAUGGAAAGACUCCAUAGGGACUGGAGCAGACACUUAGCAAGAAUGUGAGUUAUAGCAGAGAUUAUAAAACGGGGGAAAACUAUAUAGAGAAAUCUUUAAAAAAAGGUAAUCAGCUUUUUCUCAGAAUAUUAAUAUUCUUCUUGUCUGCACAGGGUAAUUACCAGACCCAACCGGAGUGUCUUUGACCCUUUAAAUUGCUGGUGGGGAAAGCAAAACCAGAUGCCACUAAUUUAUAUGCAUCAAUGAUGGAGCAGCUAAAGCUUCCUUUACUCUUUGGUAUAAAACCAAAUCACGGAAAAUUUUAGCCUAUUUAGCCCAGGUCAAAAACCACAUUUAUAAAUUAUUCACAAAAACCUUAGUCUUAGGUGGGUGGAAGAGAGACUAGUAGGUCAUUUACAAGGAGACAAAAAUUCCAGCUACCCAGUGGUAGUAAUAACCUGAUCAUCUGAGGGUGCAAAAAAGAUGAGGAUUAUGCAUCUAUCCAAUCAGUCUGAAAGAAAGGGUCUUCCUUUGUUUGUACCCUUGCGUGAACUACAUUGCCCCGGCAAACUUUGCUUAACUUGUGUGCACAACAGAAAUUACCAGAAAAUUAAUAUAAAGUGUGAUCAAAUAAUAAAUGUUCCAUUUCUAAAUGUUUUAUAAAGGGUAAUAAAUGGUUAAUAGAUGCUAUAGACAUGUAUGUGUACAUCUGUGGAAAGUGUUAUAGUUAUAAAAUAACCUGUGACAGAUACUGCAACUGCAUACAAUAUUUUUGGGGGACUAUAUUGUAUUAAGUUUACGUAUCAUUGUGGGCCUAGGAUGGUAUGCA